AUGUCUCAGCCAGUAGUUUUGAUCAUUGGGACCUGUGACACCAAGCUCGACGAGAUCCUCUACCUCCGCGAGCAGAUACAGCGGUCCGGCAGUUGCGGGACUCUUAUUUUCGACGUCUCACACACAAGCCAAAACACUCAACGAUAUGCAGAAUGGACUGAGGAGGUCGUCGCGCCAUGUCUUGACCACUCGAAAGACCUCGCCGACCUACCUCGUGGCGAUUAUGUCGACAGAGCCAUUGAAAUAUGUCUUGAACCGGUCAAGGAGAUGGUCACUAAGGGCCAGAUUCACGGUAUAGUCUCAGCAGGCGGUAGCACCGGUUCCUCGCUGGCCUGUGCUCUCAUGCGGAAAGCAUGCCCCGUGGGGUUCCCAAAGCUCAUGGUCUCCACAAUGGCCUCGGGAGACAUCAAGCCAUACGUUGAGGAGACUGACAUCACCAUGAUGUACAGUGUGGUUGAUAUCGCCGGACUUAAUUCGAUCCUCAAACGAAUCUUGCAGAAUGCUGCUUCUGCUAUCUCCGCCAUGGCUGCCGCAUAUGCCAAGUCUCUGACAGCCACUUCGCCAUCUACUACAGCUGGAGGACGUCGCAUUGGAGUCAGUAUGUUCGGUGUCACUACUCCGGCUGUCGACCACAUCCGACGAAUCCUCUCAUCGCCACCAUAUCAGGACGACGGCUUCGAAAUUUACGUGUUUCACGCAACGGGUGCUGGCGGCCGGGCGAUGGAGCGCUUGAUCGAUGAAGGGCAACUUGAUGCCGUCAUUGAUUUGACCACCACCGAGAUCGCAGAUGAGCUGUUCGGUGGCGUUCUGACUGCUGGGCCAGACCGACUCGAGGCAGGAGCGCGCAAGGGUAUUCCCCAGGUUGUCUCCGUCGGAGCAUGUGAUAUGAUCAACUUCGGUCCCCGAGAGUCAGUCCCCGAGCAGUACAACGACCGCAACUUAUACCAGCACAACCCAACUGUCACUCUUAUGCGGACUACCAAGGAGAACAAUCUCCAAAUCGGCAAGUUCAUCGCUUCGCAGCUCAAAACACAUGCAUCAGAUCCAGACAAGAUCAAGGUGCUGUUACCGGUUGGUGGCGUGAGCAUGAUCGAUGCACCCGGUCAAUCUUUCCACGAUACAGAGGCUGAUUCCGAGUUGUUCAAAGCUAUUGACGAAGACCUGAAGGGUAGUGGCAUCGAGGUAGAAAAAUUCCCAGAUCAUAUCAACGACGAGAAGUUCGCCGCCCAGGUCUGUCGUGCUCUACUCGAGGCCCUCGACGUGGAUCCGAGAGCCUACCGACUAGCAAACGCAAGGAGGCGGAAGUGGAGUUUCGACCAUGGGGCUUCGGUGAACAUGGUCCGCCGGACGAGUGAGAUCAAGAUUCCAGAUGUCAGCGAGGCCUGA